AUGACUAGAAAAUGGAUUAAAAAAUUACAAUCAUAUAUAGGGGAAUUUUUUGCCUCAUUUAUAUUUGGAUUUGCUGUAUAUACUUCUAUUAUUGGAUCAGCACAAACAGGACAAUCUGCAGGUCCAAUUAUUGUUGCAUUGACUAUCGCAUUAAGUGGCGUAGCAAUCAUUUAUUCAUUUUGUGACAUAACUGUAGCACAUUUCAACCCUGCAAUAACAUUUUCUGCAAUGUGUUUUAGAAGAUUGCCUUUUUUUGGUGGAAUUUUUAUUAUAAUUUUCCAAGUGGCAGGAUUUAUUAUUGCAGGAUUAGCUUCAGUAGCUGUACUGCCCGGAAAAUAUAAAAACAAACUAGAAAUAGCGAGACCAAAAAGAGUAGCAGAUAAUGUUAGUAGAGGACGUAUUUUCGGCACCGAAUUUUUUUUAACAGCAAUACUUGUUUAUGUUGCAUUUGCUGUGGGGGUUAAUCCUUACACACCCCCUAAAGAUGAACAUGGUGAUCAAUUGGAUCCAGACGAAGGUUUAACAGAAGGAAGAAAAAUUACCGCACCACUUGCUAUAGGAUUUACUUUGGGUUUUUGUGCUUUAUUGGGAAUAGCUAGUUCUGGGGGUGCAUUCAAUCCAGGUAUAGUAUUGAGUCCUAUGAUUCUUACUGGCACCUGGGAUUUUUGGUGGGUAUAUCUGCUAGGACAGUUUUCAGGAGGAUUGUUAGGAGGUGGUCUCCAAAGAUUUUUAUUAUAUAAAAUUUUUUGA